CCAAUUUCGGAUCACAGUUGGUUUCCGACACAUUUGUUACAGCAUGGCAAAGCAUAUAUAUGUAUAUGAUGGAAAAGGAGUUAGCAAAGAAGCCACUGAGAUGCUAUUCGAGUCUUUAAAGACCAUGUGUGGACGUUACACAAUUGCUCUUAUCUCACCAGAGGAAAUUCGAAAAGGAGAUUUAUUACGAACAGCAGCAUUGCUAGCUGUAGGUGGCGGUUAUGACACUGGAUACAUACAGGCUCUUCAGUCAGACGGAAUACGAAAUAUAAAGAACUAUGUAGAGGGUGGUGGGUCAUAUUUAGGUAUUUGUGCAGGAGCAUAUUUAGCAUGUCGGAGAAUCGAGUUUGAUAAAGGUGGAAAAUUUGAAGUAUGUGGAAGCCGAGAUCUUGGAUUUUUCCCAGGAGUUUGUAUUGGACCAACAUUUCCUGGAUUUCUUUAUGACAGUGAGGCGGGAGCUCAUGCAGCACAAAUCAAAACAGACGAUUUCAUGGUUACAAACAUUUCUGAUCAUGGUAGCAAAGACAUUAUCCGAAAAGGCAUUCCAGACACCUACUUGUAUUUCAAUGGUGGCGGCCAUUUUACUUUAGACGACGAAACUUCACAUAACGUAAAGGUUAUAGCAAGAUACAUUAAUUCACCAGACGAUAUUCCACACCCUGCAGCUGUCUGGUGCAAGGUUGGAAGAGGCGUGGCCGUGCUGAGCGGGCCACAUUUUGAGUAUAUAGCUGAUAAAUUGGACCCGUCUAUUGUGUAUUUAAAAACUGUUAUUCCUAAGAUGAAACAAACACUUCUCUCGAGGGAUAUAUUUUACAGGACUAUUUUGAAGUUGCUGAAAAUUUCCAAGUUAUGACGGGUUACUUGUACAUAAACUGAUAACAACAACCAAGCUAUAUAUAUGUUUGCUUUUAACUAGCAAUGACGUUUAAAUACCGUCAAGAAUUUAAAAAAAAGGCUGUUUGUUCACUCAUGGAGACAUGAAACACAGGCAUUUGUCUCAGAAAAAAAAUUCCUAAAGUAUAUACUAGGACAUUUUUUUCUGAGACAAGUGCCUGUGACAUGAAAUGAUAAAUUAUCUUUUCCUUAAUAAAUGUAUACAUGCGCAUUGAUUUAAACAACUCAAUCAUUUUAAGCACGUUAAACAUUGUAUGUUUUGUCUUGUGAUCAUAAUUAAACUGAGUGUAUUUAUUCUGCCCUAGUACGGGCACUGUGAUUAGUAAAUACAAUUAUUUGCAUUUUGAUACUAUUUAUAGAAAUUCAAAGUAAUCAAUUACUAAUGAUAUAUGUAAUUUGUUGAUUUUUAAGAUAUUUUUGUAACAUCUGUGAGAACUUAGUGGUUUACAUAAUAAUCAGCCAUAACUGACAUGUAUUCCACUACUAUAAAUAAGAAGAUGUGGUCAUGUAAGUGCCAAACGGAGACAGCCAAUGCAAAGGCACUGGUUUCUAUAUCCAUGGGAAGAACCACUAUCAACGUAUGUUUACUCGUAAUAUACGUUGAUAGUGGAUCUUCCCAUGACAGAAACUAUAGUGCCUGAGUGUGGAGACAACGCUCAAUUCAUGUCACAAAGUGUAAAAAGUAAAAAAUCAUAGGUCAAAGUACGGCCUUCAACACGGCCCUGGACGAACAGCAAGCUAUAAAGGACUCCAACAUGACUAGUGUAAAUCAUUUCACACAGGAAAACUAACUCUAAUCUAUUUAAAAACGAGAAACCAGAAUCACUUUAGACAAAUCCAAACAAACAACAAUCACUGAAAAACAGACUCCUGACUUCGGACAGGCGCAUACCGUGAAUUGCAGUUUGGUUCAAAGUUUGUAUAGGCGCGAUGUCUUAAUAUUUCAUAUAUUUCAGCAUAUCAACAUGAUCAAAUAUGGUAGAGUCUACUCUUGAAUCAAAUACAGGGACAACAUGACUAA